UUUUGUAUCUCGCUCUCACUCCCGCUCCCUCUCUCUUUCUUAGCUCACAUCUCUCUCAACCUAAGGUCCUAAACACAGGUUCUCAGCUCCUCACAGAUUCACCAAGUUGGUACAAUUACAUCCAAAUCUUGUAUACAUUCACACUUUUCCCUAUCCAAACCUUUGAUUAGUGGCUAUACUAGCAUCUUUGAUAUUUGGUGUGUCCAUUGGGUUUGUUGGAGGCACAGGGCUUAUACUUGGUGUCAUAGGACUUUUACUCCUUGAGUGUUGAUUUUGUGCAUGGUUUGGUGAGCUUGAUGGUGAUGUGUUUACAAUUUCUAUUGGCUUAUUGAGUCAUCAAUGGUGAUGACUGAAGUUAGGACAAGGUUGGCAGUGACAGUGGUAGGUGGCUAGAGGUAAGUGGUGGCAAAGAUGAUUUUAAAGUGUGGUUUGCUGUGAUGGAGAUGGAGAUUAUUGGUGAAAAGUGUUGGCUUGGGUGGAUUAUGAAGGCAGUCAUGAAGAGCAAAAGGGAAAUUCUCACAUUAAUCUGGUGCAAGGAAGGGCUGGGAUAAGGAGAUCUAAUUGUCAGUGGCACCCAUUUCAUAUUAUGUGGAAAGAUAGAGAGAAAUCUCAUUACUUAAUGAAAGAUAGUGAUUAUUUCCCCCGAAAAUCUUUGAAUGAAGUUUGUUUUCUGUUUCAUCUCUACUCUAUGGCAGACUCUAAUUCAAUCCAGAGUAGCACAAGCUGCAAUACUUGUGAAAUAUAUGAUUAAAAAUUUUAAAUUUCUGUGAAAGCCUAGUGAAAAUAAAUAACUUGUUGAUGUAGGUUGAGUAACACACUCAAGUAUGGAGGUGGCUAACUCUCUCAGUUCCAGAAAAGAAUUAGAAGCUUGCUGCUGCAUGACCUGACCAGAACAGAAGGGGUGACAGCAUUCAAUUCGUAACGACUUUGUGGUAGAGAUUUUAUAGGUGCGGUUAGCAGUUUUGAAAUGUUGAGAGCCAAGCAGAUCAGGCUCGUACAAGAAGAAGAAAAGAAGAAGAAGAAAGAUAUGGAAGAGCAACAAAAAAUUGAAAGGGAUAAGAGGGUGCAUAGGAGGAACCGUGAAGGCACUAAACUUUUGCUUCCUGAAAAGUGUCAGUACAACAAGAAAAAUCAGCCUAAAGCUCAAGACAAACAGGCCUCUUUCCCACCUUCAUUGAAGCUGCACCAGAUGAAAUCAUCACCUGAACAAAACACGUUCUCACAUUCACCACAGAACACAGAGGAUUUUGCUUCAAUGAAUUUGACAGAAAAAGAUGAAGGAAAAAGAGUGCAAGAAGCUGAAGAACAAGGGGAUGAUGAAGACAUAUUUGCCAAGGCUCAUGCUGUACUUGAGAAUCUCGAAACAAGCAUACCUUCAGCAUCAUCAAAUAUGGAUUCCGUCAAGCUGAAUGAGACCUUACUGUGCAUUCGCUCUUAUUUGGUCAAUUCUGUAGAUGAAGUUCUCCUAGAUGAUGUUGCUCAAGGUCGAUUCUAUGAACUCUGUCAGUCCAUACUCCCCUACAUGCAUAAAGAAGAUGGGAUUGAAGGUCCAAUUCUUUCUAUGUUCAUGGACCAAUAUGAGAAUUCUGUCAAAGACCUUUCUCAGAUCAGAGAUAGAAGAGACAGAAUUGAAGCUCUUAAUCAUAUCAUCUCUCACACUCCAGAUCCUAGAGCAGCAUUCAAAAUUCAAGUAGCUGAUGCUUUGCAAGAUUUGACCACUGCAUCAAAUGAAUUGAUGCAAGCAGAACAAGAACUUUGCAAGGCUCAAGCCAAAGUCAAUAGAUGUGUUCAGAAAAAGAAUGAGGCUAAGGCAUUUGUGGAUGGACUGCUCCAACAGAAUGAAGAAGUGUCAAGACAGUCCGAGUCUCUUUCUAGAUCUGAAGAAGAAAUGAAGAACCUGACUAUUGAAGUAGUUUUCACUGAAGAGAAAAUUAGAAAUAACUGGUCACUGAUUCGUAGUAUGUUAGAUAAUUUUCAAUUCGAGGAAUAAACUCUUCUUAGUCUAUAUUUAUUUUCUUUGACUUAAUUUUGAAAA